GGGGCCGCGGCGGAGAGGCGGGCGGAGGUCCGGGGUCCAGGCCGCGGCGACUCUACUCGCUACUCGCUCAGGCUGGAGCCAAGCGGUCCGGCGGCUGCACCAUGGACUCACGCACCGAGGAAUACGAGCUCAAUGGCGACGUGCACCCGGGCUCGCCCGGCUCCCCGGACCCCAUGCCGCCAUCCCGUUGGGGCCGCAGGAACCAGCCCAUCAACGUGAACCACUACGCCAACAAGAAGAGCGCCGCAGAGAGCAUGCUGGACAUCGCGCUGCUCAUGGCCAACGCGUCGCAGCUGAAGGCCGUGGUGGAGCAGGGCCCUGCCUUCUCCUUCUUCGUACCCCUGGUGGUCCUCAUCUCCAUCUCCCUGGUGCUGCAGAUCGGCGUGGGCGUGCUGCUUAUCUUCCUCGUCAAGUAUGAUCUUAACAACCCGGCCAAGCACGCCAAGCUGGACUUCCUGAACAACCUGGCCACGGGACUGGUGUUCAUCAUCGUGGUGGUCAACAUCUUCAUCACUGCCUUUGGCGUCCAGAAGCCUGUCCUGGGUAUGGCAACCCAGCAGUAGGGGGUCCAGACCCUGAGAGGCACCUGCCCCACAGCUGGUCACCCUUACCUAGGACUGCACUCCCUUGAGAUGUCCAUCUCCUUACUCACAGCACACCGAGCCCACCAGGCCAGCACCUGGAAUAAACCUCUGCUCCCACUGUGACUGCCAUGUAGGGCUGGACGCAAGACCCAGAAGGACAGAACUGGGGAGCCCAGCUCCUGUCGCCUGGGAACAUGUAGCAGGUCCAAGGACAAGCCGGACCAGGAGCCAGCCGGCCUCUGUCUCAGGACAUUCCAGAAGGACAAGGAGUCACUCCUUCCCUUGCCAAUACACCAGCAUCCCCACUACCUGUGGGGGGCCUGCCGGGUCGCCUGGUGGCUGCUGCCUCUGCUGUCUCCUAACCCAGAGACACUAGGAGGCCCCCGUGGACCCACUGAUGGCCUCAGGCUGCAGCCUCAGCGCCUGGGCUCUGUGGCCAUCACGAGUCAGCUGCACCUACUCAGGCCCUAGACUGUGCUCACCCUGUCCUCCAGCAGUGACCUGGCUGAGCCCUGGUCCCUGCCUCGGGGCCCAGCUGCCCACUUUCCUAAUUGAGAAUGACCAAUGGCUCGUGCUUCUCCCCCCAUCCUGGGGUGGGUUGGGACCCCUCACGAGCAUGCUUUGUAAGCCUCCGAGCACACAGCUCAUCCCAGUGCCUUCCCAGAAAGUCGGGGUCAGGGACCCCUUUUGGCCCCCAGCCUGUCUCAGGAUGUGGUAUGGAGGCAGAGGGCCCUGAGUUGAGGCCCCAAUGCCUAGCUGCUUUUUCCUGUCUCUUUUUUAAUUUUUUUAAAUUUUGAGACAGGGUCCCGCUAAGCUGCUCAGCUGGCCUUGAACUCCUUAUCUUCCUGCACGGGCUUCCUGAGCAGCUGGAUUGCAGGUGUGCGAUACUGCAGCCAGCUGCUUUUAUGCCUUUAUACCAACACAUAGAGAAGUUGGGAGAAUGCCAUCUCAGACUUAGGAACGUUUCGCCAGGUGUGGUCUCCACCGUCCCAGGACCUGCACCACUGGCCUGUCCUGCAUGUGUGAGGAACACGGAACUCCAGGCCCCGGCCUCACGGCGAGGCCCCCAGCACUUCCGUGUGCAGCGCUAGAGAUGGGGCCUUUGCAGCCCUCCUGGAGCUGGUGCAUGGCUGGCCCUGUGCUCAGGGGCCCUCUGUGUCCUUUGUAGCAAAGUAAUAAAAAUAAACACCCUUCCAGGACCCUGCA